AUGGUACUUAUUAGCUUUACUAACAUAGUUGUGGACGAGUUUUCUUAUGGUAAAAGACACCCAUUAAAAAAAUAUAUUUAUUUUUUAACUCAUAUGCAUUCAGAUCAUUAUUAAGGUAUAACACCUAAUUGGAAUUUUGGUACAAUUUAUUGCUCAGAAGUGACAAAAAAAUUACUACUUAACAAGUUUCCAUAAUUACAAGAUGUCAGAGAGUUGGAAAUGAACAAAUAGUAGAAGAUUUGCUUAAAUUAAGAAAAUAAAAUUGAAAUUAAUGUCUACUUGUUUGAUGCAAAUCAUUGUCCUGGAUCAGUCAUGUUCAUGUUUGAAGGAUAUUUUGGAAGAAUUCUUCAUACUGGUGAUAUGAGAUUUAAUGAGAAUUUAAUAUAUAAUAAUCCAAUAUUGUAUCCUAUUGAAAAACGUAAUUCUGAACUUAAGAAAAUAUCAUUAUAAAUAGACGAAUGUAUAUUUGAUAACACUUAUUGUGAUCCUAUCUUUAAAUUUCCCAAGAGAGAAAAGGCAUGCUAAAUGCUAACAGAAAUUAUAGAUAAACAUAAAAAUAUCCCUAAUGUUAGAAUUCUAAUUUGUGUUGACUCUUUAGGUAAAGAAGAACUUCUUGUUUUUCUCUCUAAACACUAUGAAACUCUUAUUGUGGUAAAUGAGUAGCGUUAUUAAAGCAUACUUUGUAUGGAUAUCCCAUACUAACUCUUCACCACAAAUAGGGAUCAGGGUUGGAUUGAAGUUAUAAGGAAAAACGAAAAAUAAGAAAGAAUGGAAUCAAAAAAUGAAUAUUGUGUUAGCAUUACUUGCACAGGUUGGGCUAAUAUACAAGGAUACAUAACUAAAGAUGAUAGAAAUUAUCUACUACCUUAUAGUUUGCACAGCAAUUUUGAAGAGCUAGAGCUGUUUAUUAGAAGUAUAUACCCUAGUGUUUUGAAUACAGUAGUUAGAAAUUAGGCAAAGGGGGAAAAAAUUAAUAAUAUUACUUAAUUUUCAGCUUAUAUGGUGACGUUGAUGAAUUUAAAAUAGCGUGGAGUCGAGUUUUUCUAAAAAAAUUAUAUAGAUUUUAGCACAAUAUCUAAAAACUAUUAGAAUUUAAUGUUAAAUUAAGAAAAUGUUUCAAAAAUUAAUAAAGCAUUAGGUCUUGAGCUAAGUGAAAAAGAUAAACUCGUAGAAGAUACCAUUGAUUUUUAAUCUAAACACUCAUAAAUUUUUAAAAAUAAAAAAAGACUGAAAAAGGGAGCUCAACUUGCAGAUCCUACUGAAAAUAAUUCAAUUUGCAUUGAUAAAUUUAUUGAAAUUAAAAAAAGUAUAGAAUUAAUAAAGGAAAUGAAGGCAAAAUCAAAAGAGAGUUCAGCAAAAAGUUCUCUUAAAAAGAAUUCAGUGAAAAGAAAAUAAAAUUUUGAGAGCGAAAAUGAAUAAGAUUAUGAUCAAAAUCAUGAGAAUGAUGAGUUUGAUGAGAGUUUUAAAAACUAAGGUGAUGAUCAUAAUUUCUUGAGUGAAAAAUAAAUUAGUCAGUAAAAACAAGAUGAUGAGGAUAAUAGAAGCAUUUCUUCAAAAAUAAAUCAAAUUAAUUAAAAGCUGACAGAUCAUUUAAAUAAACAGAAAUUCCAAACAGAGUAGUAGUAUGAAAAAGAUGGGGAAGGUGAUGAUGAACAAGAAGAAGGAUAUGAAGAAAAUAAUAAUUUAAUAAACUAAAAACUUAAAAAAGCUACUACUUAUCAAAGAUUUAGCUCAGAAAUAGCUUUUAAUUCAACCUAAUCCAAAAGUCCUCCUUCAGAAAAAUGUGAAGACGUUUUAGAUAAAUUUAUGCUUAAAAAGAUAGUAAAAGCAAAUACAAUAAAUUAACAAAACUAAAAUUCUUUAAAAAAUACUUCUAAUAAUGAGUAUAGUAACACAUAGGCAAGUUAAUCAAGUAAUGGGAUAGCGAAAAAAAAAUAAAUUAAAAUUAAAAUUUCUAAGAAAAUUAGUAUGGAUAAAUUUGAUAAUAGUAACAAUAAUAAUAAUAAUAAUAAUGAUAAUAAUAGCAAUGACUAAGAAGAAGUUUUAGAAUAAAAAAAUUUCUAAAAAAUUAUUGAGUAAAAAGAAGAUACUACAAAUACUUAUCUUUAAGAAAAAUAAAAUGAAGAAAAUGUUUCUUCAAGAUCGUCAGAAAUAAAUAAGGAAAUACCUGUCUUUAGAAAUUCUUCAUUAAAUAAAAUAUUUAAUUAAUUUCUUAAUAAAUAAUGA